AUGGGUACUAGUUCAAGUUCAAUUCAUCAUAAAGAACAAUCAAAUAUCGACGCUCAUGAACAGUUUCAUUUUCGAUUUACAGAUUGUUCUUGUAAAUGUGAUGCUAACAAACGACGCGUCGGCGAUAUCUAUGAACAGAAUGAUUCACCACAAGCAGCAUUUCUUACUGCACUUAUAACUCAAAUAAGUCGGCCGCAAUACGAUAUUAAUUGUAAUUGCGAUUGUGGUGAAGGUGUGAAAUUUGGUUUUCUCUUUGGAAAUACAUCAUCGAAUACGCAAGAACAAACGAUCAAUGAUCAUUCGCAAUGA